UAACCAGAGCUCUGCGCUGCUUACUAAUGGUGACUGUACUGUCGUGUAUGUUCGGGAACAUUGCUCUAACCUUGGUAUCUGAGCUUAAAACGAAUGGCUGGCGAAGAUCGCAUGCGUAUUUGCCUCUGACUCGCCAAUUCAGUAGUAAGAAGUGACGCGCAGAUAUGGCAGAACGACGACCGAGUGAAGGGAAGCACGAUCCAGAUUGGGAUCAGAAGGUGGGAAUACCAAGUCCAACACUUCCAGGACUGGGGCAAUUUUCGUUCUCCCGGACUUCGUCCACUGGAUCAAUCGACAACAUUCUGACUUCAUCGUCUGCCCAUAACACAGAUGAUGAAGAUAGCGACCACAAGUCAACCCUUAGCUACAAAGAACGACGCCGUGAAGCCCACACCCAAGCAGAGCAGAAGCGCAGAGAUGCCAUCAAGAAAGGUUACGAGGACCUGCAGUUCCUGGUACCUACCUGCCAACAAGAUAGUACAAAUGCAGUAAAAAUGAGCAAGGCAGCUGUUCUGCAAAAAUCAAUCGACUAUAUCACUUUCUUACUCCAACAAAAGAAGAAGCAUGAAGAAGAGCUUAAUGCACUCCGGAAAGAAGUUGUUGCUUUGCAAAUCAUGAAAACAAACUACGAGCAACUGGUGAAGGUGAAUCAAAACCAGCCUGGGCAAAACAAGAAUCAAGUCAGUGAUGAGAUGAAAUUUGAAGUGUUCCAGGCGAUUGGGGAUUCCCUCUUUCAGUCAUUCAACGCUUCGGUGUCUGUGUCCAACUUCUCGGAGCUUUCAGGCUGUGUGUUUGGUUGGCUCGAAGAAUACUGCAAGCCACAGACAUUGAGGGAUAUGGUCCUUCAAAUCCUCUCGCAGCUCCACCAGACGCUUCCUUCACGAUAGCCCAAGUGCUACGAGCUGGGCGCAUUUUUAAUACCGCACUGUGGUGUGAGAACAGCCUCUUUUGUGACAUACCACCACCUCUUUUGUACAGCUGCCACUCAGAAAUGAAAUGUACAUGACAGAAACUGCUUUCUCCAAAGUUCGAACAUAUGUGACCCUUUGUUCUUCAUACCUUGCAAAUGAAUGCGUGCUGGCGAAUGGAAAAUUAUGAAACUUGAAUAAAUUUAUACUUGGAUUA